UUGGUCUGGUUUCGUAUGAGGAAGUACAAUGUGGUUAUGACGUUUGCUUAUAAACAAAUUGUGAAUAAUACCGUGAUUUUGAAAAGCACGUGACUGUUAACGAAUUUACGUGACAAAGUAACUUGUUUGAAUUUGAUAACUUAAACAUGGGAAAUUCGCUAAGUUAUAUUUUGGACAACAGUUCACGUUGGAUGGGCUUGAAAUUGAAUCAACGUUGGAAGAGAAAACGGGUGGAGUCUUCCAGUAGUUUGUCAGAUUCAGACGAUGAAUAUGAUAAAACCAUGCACACGCCCAAAAGAAGAAAACUUAUGACCACAUCACAGUACAUCUACAAAACUUUAUUUCAAGAAGGCCUUAACAGCGAUGUAACUAUAAUGGCAUUGGGGAGAGAAUGGAAACUUCACAAAGUGUACCUCUGCCAGUCUCCUUAUUUCUCCAGUAUGUUUGGUGGUUCAUGGAGAGAAGCUGAGGAAGGAAUCAUUAGUGUUGGCAUUGAAGAUCCUAAUAUUACCAUUGAUGCCUUGCGAAUUGUUUUCGGAUCAUUCUACCAAGAUGAAAUUGUUAUUGAACCAGUUGAAGUUAUUCCAGUUGUGGCAGCUGCGACAUUGUUUCAACUGGGUAGUCUUAUACAACAAUGUACUGAGAUUGUGGCAGAAACCAUCAAUAUUCACACUGUAUUAAAAUACCAUGAAGCUGCUCUUCAAUAUGGUCUUGCUUCUGUUCAAGAGAAGACCAAGGGAUGGCUGCUCAGAAACCUAAUGUCUUCUGUACAAGAUAGUACUCGUCAUCUUCAACAAAUUAACUGCUCCUUAAUGGAAGAACUGGUAGCUUCACCUGAUCUUGUAGUGAUGCAAACAGAAUUCUCUGUUUAUAUCUUACUGAAAACUUGGACUUUUCUUCAAGAAAAUAUCAUCUGGGAAGGAGAUCCUAAAGAAUGUGUCUUAGAAGCUCACAAGUUCUUUCAAAGUCAUUCAGACAGGUGCUUCCUAGAUACUACUCGAGGGAGUCAGUAUCUUCCAACUUUUAAGGCCCUCCGUUUGCAACAUCUGGUGAACCACCAUUUAGAUGUGGAGUUACUAGAAGCUGAUCAUAUUGUGCCAAUUGAUUGGUUUUAUCCAGUUUUCAAAAACCAGUGGUACCAAAUGUUACGUAUUGAUCAGGGUGUAGACAGAGGACCCAAACAGUUAUCAGACGAUGAAUUUAAUAGCCAGUGUUUAAGAUGUGGACGCAUUCUUCUGGCAGAAGGACAGCAUAUCUGGCGAUGGACUGGCUUUAACUUUGGACUGGACAUUGUUGUCAGUUACAUUGGAAGGUCUCUCCGGUUUAAGCGUAAUCAACAUAAUGGUGACCCACACCAUCUUCAUUCUGCAUCUCAACCAAAUAAACGCCACCUUAUGUACAAACUAACAGUAUUUUCUCAGGAUGAGCAGGGGCAACAGAUCUACAGCACAACUUCAGGCCUAAAGAACUUAUCCCUUGGGAAGAAAGAGGAAGUUAAAGUGCUGAGUUUAGAUAGGGAAGCCAAGUUUCCUCUGUUUGUUAGUGCCAGCUUUCUAGUGACAACACCACUUCGUUUCAGUAAGCCAGGGGUGGACAGUGGACAAUCUCCAGCCAUGUCAUGACACAUCACAUCCACAUAGAGAUUAGAUUGAAUUUCCAUCACAUGAAGCAGCUUUUAUUGACCAAGUGAUAAUCCUUUUUGUAAAGUUCAUACUUCAAAAACUUUCAUUGUUAUAAGACUCGCAUAUAUAAAAAUAAUA